CAGACGAACGUCAAAAUAUUUAUCUCAGUAAGUAAUAACAUACAUAAGUGCUUUUCUAAUGCACUAUAUAAACAUUGAAACAGAAUUUACAUUACAAGUGUGUGAACAGUACCUAUUAUAAAAAAUGAUAAAAUAUCAGUGUUUUGGCAUUGUAUUGCUAUGUCUGAUUGUGUUGGCUAAAAGUAAAACAAGUAACUCAAAACAACAAAAUGUGAGAUCAUUUCCAGAUGGAUUCUUAUUUGGUACAGCGACAGCUUCGUACCAAGUUGAAGGUGGUUGGAACGAAGAUGGUAAAACUGAAAACAUUUGGGACCACAGAACUCAUUUAAAUCCAAGUCCUAUUAAAGAUCAGUCCACCGGAGACAUCGCUGCUGAUUCCUAUCAUUUAUACAAAAGGGACGUAGAAAUGAUGCGUGAACUAGGACUUGAUUUCUAUAGGUUUUCUUUGUCGUGGACGAGGAUCUUACCCACGGGUUUCCCUGAUAAGAUCAACGAAGCUGGCGUAGAAUAUUAUAAUAACUUAAUAAACGAAAUGUUAAAAUAUAAUAUAGAGCCAGUCGUCACACUCUAUCAUUGGGAUUUGCCACAGAAGUUUCAAGAGUUGGGAGGAUGGACAAAUCCUUUUAUAAUAGAUUGGUAUACGGAUUUCGCACGAGUGGUAUUUGAGACUUUUGGAGAUAGAGUAAAAUAUUGGAUAACAAUUAAUGAGCCACGUGAAAUAUGUUACCAAGGAUACGGGGCGGCGAGCCUGGCGCCUGGUUACAAUUACUCCGGUGUAGCAGAUUAUAUGUGUGCCAAACAUUUAUUACUAGCUCAUGCAAAAACUUAUCACAUGUACGAUCAAAAGUACAGACCAAAGUAUGGUGGAAAUAUAUUUAUUACUUUAAGUGCAAUGUGGUACGAACCUGCAAAUGAAAAUGAGAUUGAAGCGGCCAGCGAUGCUAAUCAAUUUCAGUGGGCUUUAUAUGCUCAUCCAAUAUUUUCAAGAGUUGGCGACUAUCCACCUGUUAUAAAAGAGAAGAUUGCAGCAAAAAGUGCUGAACAAGGCUUUACGAGAUCAAGAUUGCCCGAAUUUACGCCAGAGGAAGUAGAGUAUAUUCAAGGCACGUCUGAUUUCUUCGGUCUGAAUCAUUAUUCGACUUAUUAUGUGGUCAGGAACGAAUCUGUAAAGGGCAUGUAUGAAGUGCCAUCAUUUUUCGAUGACAUGGACGUAAUUAUAUAUCAGCUUCCUGAUUGGAAAAUUGGCGAAUCAAAUUUUACUAUGUAUGUGCCGUGGGGCUUCUACAACUUGCUGACCCAAAUAAGAGAGGACUACGACAACCCCGUUGUGUUUAUAACUGAGAAUGGAUUCGCAACACGAGGUGGUUUAGAUGACGAUGACCGAGUCACUUACUAUAAGUACUACCUAAAUGCUAUGUUGGAUGCUAUUGAUGACGGAUCCAACAUUAUAGCCUAUACGGCAUGGAGUAUCAUGGAUAACUUCGAAUGGUCACUGGGAUACACCGAACGGUUUGGCUUAUACGAAGUCGAUUAUAAUAGUCCGGAGCGGACACGCACUCCGCGUAAGUCUGCUUUCCUGUAUAAGGAGAUACUGCGUACGCGCACCCUAGAUCUGGAAUAUGAGCCUGAUACAAACGUCAUGGACAUUGAUGAAGGCCACUGAAAUAUCAAUCUUUACAAUAAUUUUAAUAGUUUUGAUAAAUUCACUAACGUAAUAAUGAUUAUAUAAAAUAAUUAUGUUCUGUCUGUCAAUUUUGGAGCUAGUACAUACUUGUUAUAUAUAUUUUUUAGAAUUAUACAUUUAUCUUUAA